AUGAAGUGUACACUCACGUACAAGGCCAAAACAUUUGUAGUCAGCAUUUCUGAAGAUGGAUUUGGUGAUUUGUUAUUCGAUGAAGCAGCUAUGCAAACAAAAAUUGCUCCAAAAAGAAUAAUAAUUGCAUAUAACAAAAAUGGAGAAGAUAUACAAAUAAAGAAAGACACCAAAAUCAAAGACAUUGGAGUAACAAGCUUUAUUGUUAAAGAUGCAGGUGUAAGUGUUAACUGGAAGACAGUAUUCUUUUUAAUGUAUUUUGGUCCGCUCCUUAUUGAAAUGCUUUUAGUUUUAUUGUUGGGAGACAAAGUUAAAUGGAAUUGCUACUUCACAAUUGGAUUCAUCAUGUGGGAGCUUCAUUAUAUCAAAAGAACAUCCGAAUCACUUUUCUUUCACAACUAUUCUCGUUCUUUGAUGCAAGUAGGAGAAGUUUUUGUAAAUUGUCUCUAUUACUGGGGAUUUACCAUUGCAGUUAACUACAAUAUGAUCAAGAAAGCUCAAACUGUUGAAAAUGUUGAAUUAUGCCAAUAUAUUGCAAUUCCAUUUUGGUUUGUUUGCGAGUGCUUAAACUUUUAUUCCCACAACACACUUGCUCACCUUCGUCCUAAAGGUUCCAAGGAGCACGUACUUCCAAAAGGAUUCUUAUUCAACCACAUCACAGCUCCUAACUAUACAUUUGAAAUUCUUGGAUGGUUUUGCUUUGCAGUUUACAGUGACUUAACCAGUGCAAUUAUAUUUGCCUCAUGUGGUGGUAUUAUAAUGUUCUUUAAAGCACAUCAAAAGAGAAAAUGUUACAUCAAAAGAUGGCCUGAAGCAAAAUAUAGAGGAAGACUUACACUAAUAAGAUUCUUAUAA